CACCACAAAGCUAAAAAGUAGCACCAAAACAUAACCAUACAAUUUUUGUGAACUCACUCUAUUUUACUACUUCUUUGCAUUUCAUCUUCUCUGAGAAGCCAAAACCAAAAAGUGAUUCAGAAUCUACAAUUGCUUUCUCUCCAAGCCUCAGCCAAAAUCAUUGACCAUUAGAUAUAGAUGCUUAUUGUUUCUUCCUUUAACACCAAAACCACAAACUGUUCUUGUUCUUCCUCUUACAAAACCCUCUUCCUCUCUUCUUCUUCUACCUGCAUUGGAUUUGAGGGUUACAGUUACAGUUACCGUUACCGUUACCUCCAUCAAUGGCGUUGAAGCGCGUGGCUCUGUUUUUCUUCUUCUGCUUCAUGCAAACGCACCUUCAUCUUCAUGUCCUCGCCAUUUUGGAUCCCUCUGAUUUCCUCGCUCUGCAAUCCAUUCGUAAGUCCCUCGAAGACAUGCCUGGUUCUGAGUUCUUCUCCACCUGGGAUUUCACCGCCGAUCCUUGCAGUUUCUCCGGCGUUUACUGCGAUUCCGACAAGGUCAUCGCCCUCAACCUCGGCGACCCGAGAGCCGGUUCACCCGGCUUAACCGGCCGCCUCGACGCGGCCAUCGGCAAGCUCUCCUCUCUCGCUGAGUUCACCGUCGUUCCUGGAAGAAUCUACGGUCCUCUGCCUCAAACGCUACCCGAUUUGAAGAAUCUCAGGUUCCUCGGCGUCAACCGGAACUUCAUCUCCGGCGAGAUUCCGCCAGGGCUCGGUAAUCUCCGCAGCCUAAGGACCAUCGACUUGAGCUACAACCAGCUCACCGGAAGCCUCCCUCAGUCUGUUGGUUCCUUACCGGAGCUAACCAACCUGAUGCUCUGCCACAACCGCCUCUCCGGUUUUCUUCCCCGGUUCGAGUCUCAGAAAUUAACUCGGCUCGACCUCAAGCACAACGCGCUCACCGGUUCGCUCGCUCCGAGUUCACUUCCUCCGUCUCUCCAGUAUCUCUCCCUGGCGUGGAACAAUCUCACCGGACCGGUGGACCGGCUACUAUCCCGGCUCGACCAGUUAAACUACCUAGACCUCAGCUUGAACCAGUUCACCGGCCCGGUCCCGGCCCGGAUCUUCUCAUUCCCGCUGACCAACCUCCAGCUAGAAAGGAACCAGUUCUACGGCCCGGUUCAACCGGUGGAUAGAGUCGCGAUCCCCACCGUGGAUCUCAGCUACAACCGAUUCUCCGGUCAGAUAUCGCCGAUGCUGGCGAGUGUGCAGAGUUUGUACCUGAACAACAACCGGUUCUCGGGUCGGGUUCCGGCUAGCUUUGUUGACCGGUUGCUGGAUGCGAGCAUUCAGAUACUGUAUUUGCAGCACAACUACCUCACCGGGAUUGAGAUAAGCCCCACGGCGGUGAUUCCGGGGAGAAGCUCGCUGUGUCUGCAGUACAAUUGCAUGGUGCCGCCGGUGGAGGCGCCGUGUCCGUUGAGAGCUGGGAAUCAGAAAACAAGGCCCACUACACAGUGCAACCAGUGGAAAGGAUAGGGUUUGGGCUUGGGCCUGGGUUUGGGCUGGCCCACCUUCAAGUACAGGAAUGUUCAUUUCCAAAUCAAACAA